GCAACUGUCCUAUUCUCUCAUACUCUCUUGACUACUUCUACUUAUGGUUUCCGUGCUUACAAAGAUUGGAUCUUACGAGCUGCAUAUCUCUUUUGGAACUCCCAGAGAGCAUUUGUCAGAUGACUUUUCUCAAAAGUCUUAUUCUCAGAACUUGUUUUUCAUUCAAUAAGUUGCCUACAUCCAUAGGUAAUCUAAAACAUUUGGUUAAGCUUUUGGUAAGUGGCACAGAAAUUGAAGUACUGCCGGAUGGUGUAGGGCAGUUAGAGAAGCUUGAGGAGCUAGACGUUUCAGAUUGCCGUAAGCUUGUGAGGUUACCAACAUCAAUGGGUAGAAUGAGGAAUUUGCUUCACUUUGACCUGUCUGAUACCAUGAUUGUAAAAUUACCAGAUGAUUUUUCAAAGCUGAUCUCGAGCUUAGAGGUGUUAAGAUUGGGCAUAGUGGAGCUAGAUGAUGAUCAGAUAGACGACUACAAGAGGAGGCUUCAACCACUCCCAGUCAGCAUGAGUACUUUUUCUCAGCUUCAGGUUCUGUAUUUGGCAGGCUACAUGAACCUUGAAUCUCUCCCAGAGCUUCCCUCCACUUUAACUCGUCUGGAAGAUAAGAGUUGUAUUUCACUGCAGAUAAUUUCAGAUUUAUCACACUUGGAAAGAUUGAAGGACUUAUACAUUAGCAAUUGUGUAAAUAUAAAGAAAAUUCCCGGCCUUGAAGGAACAAAGUCCUUGGAAAAGUUUAACGUGGAGGAUUGCCACAAAUUGACAGAGUUGCUGGAUUUGUCAAACCUGAAAAGACUGAGGGAAUUAAGCAUUAAAGAUUGUACCGACCUAGAAGAAAUUAACGGCCUCGAAGGGACAGAAUCCUUGGAAGAGUUUAGAGUGCAGGGUUGCCACAAAUUAAGAAAGUUACCAGAUUUGUCAAACCUGAAAAGAUUGAGGGUAUUAGACAUGUUUCGUUGUGAAAAUCUAGAGGAAAUUCACGGCCUCGAAGGAAUAGAAUCCGUGGAAUGCUUUAAUGUGGAGGGUUGCCACAAAUUAACAAAGUUACUGAAUUUGUCUAACCUGAAAAGAUUGGGUAAAUUAUACAUCGAUUGUGAAAAUCUUGAGAUUAUUCACGGACUCGAAGGAACAGAAUCCUUGGAAGUGUUGAUGUGGAAGGUUGCCACAAAUUAACAGAGUUACCGGAUUUGUCAAACCUGAAAAGCUUGAGUGGAAUAUUUAUUAUAGAUUGUGUAAAUCUAGAGAAAAUUCAUUGUUUGGAAGGAACAAAAUCUUUAGAUGCGUUUAUGGCGACGGGUUGCCACAAAUUAACAGAGACAACGAGGAAGAUACAUGGGCAGGGAAGACUUGUUGAUAAUGUUGGCCAAGGUGGUCAGGGAAGUAACUCAAUUGCUGUUGAUGAUCAAGGCAUCUACCAAGUGCGAGGGUCACCAAUUCUGUGUGUUGUUUUUGCAUUGACAUCUAGGAAAUGGUUGGGAAAAGGGAAGUUUGUGAUUGACGCUUAUAUCCGUCGGGGAGUAAAAAGGAUCUUGUUUAGACAUAUGAUUAGAUUUGAGGACGUUGAAUUCAGUAAGCGAGAUAUAAUCUACAUCCACCAUUUCAAAGGCUUUGAUUGGUUUGGGUUUCCACUUGAAUGCAAAGAUGCUAUUGAGGUAUUAAGUGUAGAGAUAG